CUCGGUGUGUGUGUGUGUGUGUAUAUGUGUGUGUGAACUGUUUAUUAUGUCCAAGCGCCAUGCAGUGAGCAGUUGUCUUCAAACAGACACCUAGCAGAAUAAGAUAAGAUUGUAGCACUCGGCACGCCUUCCCCCGUACCGCCGGCAAAAAACUGGGGGGUGGGAGCGAAUUAGAAUAUCUUCCUCCUCCUCCUCUCCCCACCUCCGUUUCAUUUUUAUAUUUACAAGCCCACGUUCGGGUCUGAGCGAUUGCUCGGAUUCAUUGUUACUGAGCGGAAGGAUAUGUAUUGAAUCGCUCCGGGAGUGAGAGAGACGAGAAGCAGAGAGAGAGAGAAAGAGAAAUAGAGACAUAGAGAGAGAGAGAAGGGGAACAAUUUAACAUGGCGAGCGACUCCCCGGCGCGUAGCCUGGAUGAGAUUGAUCUUUCGGCUUUGAGGGAUCCAGCUGGUAUUUUCGAACUGGUCGAAUUGGUUGGUAAUGGUACUUACGGGCAGGUGUACAAGGGUCGACAUGUCAAAACCGGUCAGCUGGCAGCAAUCAAGGUCAUGGAUGUCACUGGGGAUGAAGAAGAGGAGAUCAAACAGGAAAUAAAUAUGCUAAAAAAGUAUUCUCACCAUCGAAACAUUGCCACGUACUAUGGCGCCUUCAUUAAGAAGAACCCUCCAGGCGUGGACGACCAGCUUUGGCUGGUGAUGGAGUUCUGUGGUGCUGGCUCGGUGACAGACCUGAUCAAAAACACCAAGGGAAACACGCUGAAGGAGGAGUGGAUCGCCUACAUUUGCCGCGAGAUUUUACGAGGCCUGACUCACCUUCACCAGCACAAGGUUAUCCACCGGGACAUCAAGGGCCAGAACGUCCUGCUGACGGAGAAUGCUGAAGUGAAGCUGGUUGACUUCGGAGUGAGCGCGCAACUGGAUCGCACGGUGGGGAGGAGGAACACCUUCAUCGGGACGCCGUACUGGAUGGCGCCGGAGGUGAUCGCGUGUGAUGAGAACCCAGACGCCACUUACGACUUCAAGAGUGACCUGUGGUCUCUGGGGAUCACUGCGAUGGAGAUGGCAGAAGGAGCCCCACCUCUGUGUGACAUGCACCCGAUGAGAGCACUGUUCCUCAUCCCCCGGAACCCACCGCCACGGCUAAAGUCCAAGAAGUGGUCCAAGAAGUUUGUGUCUUUCAUCGAGGGGUGCCUGGUGAAGAACCACAGCCAGCGGCCUGCCACUGAGCAGCUGCUGAAACACCCUUUCAUUCGGGACCAGCCCAACGAGAGACAGGUCCGCAUCCAGCUCAAAGACCAUAUCGACAGGACCAAGAAGCGGAGGGGUGAGAAAGAUGAGACGGAGUAUGAGUACAGCGGGAGUGAAGAGGAGGAGGAUGAAGGAGACGUUGGAGAGCCAAGCUCCAUUGUGAACCUGCCCGGCGAAUCGACUCUGCGGCGAGACUUUCUCCGUCUGCAGCUGGCCAACAAGGAGCGCUCGGAGGCGCUGCGCCGGCAGCAACAGCAGGAGCAGCAGCGGGAGAACGAGGAGCACAAACGGCAGCUGCUGGCCGAGAGGCAGAAACGGAUCGAGGAGCAGCGGGAGCAGCGGCGGCGGCUGGAGGAGCAACAACGGAGAGAGCGGGAGUUCCGGAAACAGCAGGAGCGCGAGCAGCGACGCCGCUACGAGGAGAUGGAGAGGCUGCAGAGGGAGGAGGAGAGGCGUAAGGCUGAGAGGGAGCAGGAGUACAUCAGACGCCAGUUAGAGGAGGAACAGAGACAGUUAGAGAUCCUUCAGCACCAGCUCCUGCAGGAACAGGCCCUUCUACUGGAGUACAAGCGAAAGCAGCUGGAGGAACAGCGCCAGGCGGAACGACUGCAGAGGCAGCUGCAGCAGGAGCGGGCCUACCUGGUGUCACUGCAGCAGCAGCAGCUGGACUCCCGGACCGGAGAGAAGAAACCGCUGUACCACUACAAAGACAGCCUCAACAUCAACGAUAAGCCGGCCUGGGCCAAGGAGGUGGAAGAGCGUUCGAAGGGGAACCGCCAGGGCUCGCCCGCCAUGUCGCACAAGAUGGGGAACCGGAUGUCUGACCCCAGCAUGCCUCCCCGAUCCGAGUCCUUCAGCAGCGGUGGGGUUCAGUCGGCGCGGAUCCCUCCUGUGCACGAAGCCGUUGAGUCUCAGGUCCAGGUUGCUCACCUGAUCCCCGUGAAGCCCCACGGCACGUCCAUGACGGGCUCCCAGUCACUCCACGAGCAGCCCACCAAGGGGAUGUCCAGCGCCUUCCACUCGCAAGAGGGACUCAAGACGCACCGCGCCGAAAUGCCGCGGCAGAACUCAGAUCCGACCUCGGAAACGCCACCCCUGCCGCCCCGCCUGGGCUCCAGGGAGGAGAAAUACCUGGGUGGCUGGCUCAAACACGAUGAUGACACGCCUCCCAAGGUCCCUCAGAGGACUACAUCCAUCUCUCCAGCGCCUGGUCGCAAGAAUUCUCCAGGAAAUGGUGGCGGAUUGGCCAAUCGGCCUGGCACUCAGCCAAUAAGAGCAAGUAACCCUGACCUGCGGAAGGCAGAGAUUGCCCUGGAUACCCCCCUGCACCGGACCAGCAGUGGCAGCUCCUCGAGCUCCAGCACUCCCAGCUCCCAGAGCGGCUCCCAGCCUGGCUCCAACGAACGCAACCAGGUCCGAGGCACCGGCAAGGCUGAAGGGUCUCCCAUCCCAUCCCACGAGGGCUCGCGGAGACCAGAAGAGGGCCGGGAGCUAACGAGGCCUGGCAGACCGGCGAGCUAUAAGAAAGCCAUAGAUGAGGACCUGACAGCUUUGGCCAAAGAGUUGCGGGAGCUUCGCAAUGAGGAGACCAGCCGCCCCCCCAUCAAGGUCACUGACUACUCCUCGUCCAGCGAAGAGUCAGAGAGCAGCGAUGAGGAGGAGGAGGAAGAGGAGGAGGAAGAUGGAGAUAACGAGGCACAGGAUGGGACCGUUCCAGUCAGUGACAUCCCCAGGAUAAUGCCCACCUCUGCGUCGAGCGGCACUGACCAGUACAACAAGGGCUUCGGCGUGGGGCAGGUGGCGGUGUGUGAGGGACCCCUGUCAUCCGACCUGUACAGAAACCCCUCUGGAGAUGGAACCCUGAUCAUCCGCGAGACUUCUGGUGAGAGAACGCGGAGUGGUCAUGCUGACAGUAAUGGCUUUGCCAGCCAAACCAAUCUGCCCGAUCUGGUGCAGCAGAGCCAGUCUCCUGCCACUACACCGACCGAGCCGGCGGGCCGGACCUCCUCUCAGCUCGCGCAGGAACAGGACUCGGCCGCUGGGUAUGGCAGAGGAACAGGCACAAAGUCAUCAUUCACCCCAUUUGUGGACCCCAGGGUAUUUCAGACUUCGCCUAGCGGAAGUGAGGAAGACUCCUCAGCGGCAGUGAUCUUCUCCGCUGAGAUGCUACGGCAGGAGCAGGCGAAGCUGAACGAAGUCCGGAAAAUCUCCGUGGUCAACGUCAACCCCACCAACAUCCGGCCCCACAGCGACACUCCCGAGAUUCGCAAGUACAAGAAACGGUUUAAUUCGGAGAUACUAUGUGCCGCAUUGUGGGGAGUGAACCUGCUGGUGGGCACCGAGAACGGUCUGAUGCUCCUGGACCGCAGUGGUCAGGGGAAGGUCUACAAUCUGAUCAGUCGAAGACGAUUCCACCAAAUGGAUGUCCUGGAGGGUCUCAACAUCCUGGUGACUAUAUCCGGGAAGAAGAAUAAGUUACGGGUAUAUUACCUGUCCUGGCUGAAGAACAGGAUACUGCACAAUGAUCCCGAGGUGGAGAAGAAACAAGGAUGGACCACUGUUGGUGACCUAGAAGGCUGUGUCCAUUACAAAGUUGUUAAAUAUGAGAGGAUUAAGUUUCUGGUGAUUGCGCUGAAGAAUGCAGUGGAGAUUUAUGCCUGGGCACCAAAGCCUUAUCACAAGUUCAUGGCUUUUAAGUCUUUUACAGAUCUUCAGCACAGACCAUUACUGGUUGACCUCACAGUGGAAGAGGGGCAGAGACUAAAGGUCAUUUAUGGCUCCAGCACCGGUUUCCAUGUGAUUGAUGUGGAUUCCGGCUCCGUCCAUGACAUUUAUAUCCCCUCACACAUUCAGGGUAACGUCACCCCACAUGCGCUCAUCAUCUUACCUAAGACAGACGGGAUGGAGAUGCUAGUGUGCUACGAGGAUGAGGGUGUUUAUGUCAACACCUACGGCCGCAUCACCAAGGAUAUCGUGCUGCAGUGGGGCGAGAUGCCCACGUCAGUUGCGUAUAUCCAUUCCAGCCAGAUCAUGGGAUGGGGGGAGAAGGCCAUCGAGAUCCGCUCAGUAGAGACGGGCCACCUGGAUGGGGUCUUCAUGCAUAAGAGAGCUCAGCGCCUCAAGUUUCUGUGUGAACGGAAUGACAAGGUCUUCUUUGCGUCUGUGCGCUCUGGUGGAAGUAGCCAGGUUUUCUUCAUGACACUGAACAGGAACUCGAUGAUGAACUGGUAACGCGGCCUGGGUGCGCACUGACAUUUGAACCCGCACUGAGGUGAAGGCCCUCAACAACCCGGAGAGAAAUCUAACCGUUAAAGGCAAACUGCCUCCUGUCUUCAAGGGUAUAAUUGGACUAUUGUGACUUUACGAUGCCUGUUCCGUGUAUCGGAGGGCCCCACGGCCACUUGUUAAUUUUUGUUUUGGUCCUGGUUAACUUUCUGUGCGUGGUGAACGUCCCCGAGGGGAGCCCCUGGCAACAGAGAAAGCAAAAGAGGUGAGCUCCAGGAUGCAUCCAGAUUUGGUCUGCUUGCUCCCCAGACACUUUCCUGAAGACAGGAAGAACGGUGAAUCUAACCGGGACUGGUUCUGUGGGGUGGGAGAGGGAGGGACCCUUCAUACUGAAUAAAUUACUUUUUAAUUACAGCUUCCUGUAAGUGCAGUAUUAGAAAGGGGGACCCCCAGUAGUGGAGAAUGGGUCUGUCAGUAUUGAUAGCUGUGAGAGUAAGUUGGAGGUCUUGCCAAAAAAAAAUGGGAGCCAGAAGUUUCUGGAAAGGU